GAUAUAAAUAGCCUCUCUAUAAUGCACAAUCAUAUUUCAAAAAACCACAGAUCUCAAAUAUCUGCGUUUCAUACCAGUUUGGGUUAUUUUAUUUUAGAUUGAAAGUUAAAACAAUAUGACGACGAAAACAUUGAAAAAACUGGGACUCGGCAGUAAUGUUGGCACUUCUGGAGGGAAUAAAGCGGACGACAGAAAUUUCCAAGGCCAGGACAUUGUGCGAUGCUAUAAAUGUGACAAUAAAGUGCGUUUUUUAUGUCUACAUUGCGAAACAAGAAUUUGUAAAACAUGUGUUGGUGAUCACUUGGAAACUAAAGACUCUCCAAAAUCUCAUAAAUUUGCAUUUUACGGUGUAGAUGAUAGAGAGAUAUCGUCUAAUCCCAAUGUAGAGGGAAUCGUGGACAAAGAUGAGAAUGUAAAAGAAGCAUGGAGCAUGGCACUUCUACGAGACUUGCCGGAAUCCCAGCGGAUUAUUGUUUGCAAUGACCAGUCCGUCAUGCUUUACCAAAAGCAAGGAGGCGGCGACUGGUCCAAAAAUGAGUUAAGGAGAAAUGAAGGAGAUUCCUUUAUCAGAUGUAUUGCUACGUCUAGUUCUCGCAUCCUUUACUCCGCAACGAAUUGCAAAGAUGUAUAUGAAACAGAUGAACAUUUUUCAACUGAGGGUGCUAGACCAUUCUUCACCCCUGAAACUGAUGGAUGGACCCCCAAAGGAAUUGCAUUUUCCCUUGUUUCCCCUGGUCAUAUUUUGAUUGGACUGUAUAAUUCUAAACAAAAGAAAGGGAACGUUAUCAAAGUUAAAUCUAAUGGAACACUUGAAGGAUAUCUAGGCAAUGAAAGAGGAGAAAAACCCUAUACAAAUCCACGGUUUCUUGCUGAAAACAAAAACGGAGAUAUCUGCAUUUCAGAUUCAGUAACAAAAAACGUAUUUGUAUUUGAACGAGAAGGUAUCCUACGUUUUUCCUAUGCACCCCCCGAGAGUCCAACUUAUGUUCCUCGAACUGUUGCAACGGAUAGGCAGUGUAACAUCCUCAUUGCAUAUCCAAGAAAUGGCAUACACAUAAUAGAUAAAGAUGGGGAACUUCUCCGCAUCGUUGAAGAAAUGACAUCUCCUACUGCUUGUUGUGUCUCUUUGAAAGACUUAUUGUUUGUGUGUUCGAAAGAUGGCGAUAUGAAAGAGAUAACAUAUCUAUCUUAGCCAUUGUUUCCAAACAAACAGUAAUUAGAGACUCUUUAUAGGUUUUGAGAUCUACCUUUGGAUGGCCUAGGUUAUAUGUUGUUGAAAAUUACCCUCAAUUUCAGCAAAUCACAUGCUCUUAAAUUCCUAAUACUUGCGAGAAAUCAUUUCUGCAUGGCGAAGAAUUUUUCUGAAAUGAUAAAUGGGGUUUUGAUAAUUGAUUUACAUAAAGAGUUUUAUCUUCAUUGAUUUUAUUUCUCACACAAAAGAAUAUGAUCUAAAAGUAAUAUACGAACUGAAAACCAUUAUGAUAUCAAAAUUUCUCAAGAGGAGCUAAAGUGUUGCUUAUUUCCUUAAGUACAAGGAUAUUUUCCCGUCGGCUAGAGCAAUGUCCACCACUUUUAGCUACGAAAUUGCCAUUUUAAUAUCCACAAUUAUUUGGAAAAAAAAAAUAACUUAAUUUUUUUUUACGAUAUUCAUUGACUUGUUUGUUCUGGUAAAAUGAACAAUCAACAGUAUUACAGUUAUUCAACAUUUGUUUUAAUUAAGCCUAUGCUAAUUGUUGGAGUCCAUUUUAAAACUGUGUUUAUUCGAUAUAUAUUGAUUUGCGUUCGAUAUCCUGAAUGUAGAUUUUCCAAAGAGUCUUGAAAAAGUUUUGGAAAUCCAUGGAAUUCCAAUCAUUCCCACACAUAACUCGAAAAGUGUGUCUCGAAGUUUUUGGAAUAUUUUGGAAUUAAAAAAAAAAAUUGGACCUAGACAUUGUUUGGCUUCGAAAGUAGUGGAAUUCUUUGAGGAAAAUGGUAAAAUGAGAAACUUAGCCAUUUUCUGCGCUGGAAAACUGUGGAAAAUUACUUAGAUUUUUUUUUAAACUGCGCCAAAAGUGGCCACUCGAUCGGGUAUGAUAUA